AUGGAGUCAACGGCGGCUCAAUCUCCGUACGAGCUGCUGCUUCACGCGGCGUCGUUCAUACCAAUUUCUCACUGUAUAUUGGGAUUUUUCUUCAUUUUAAUCGUGUUUCUGUACCAUUUUCUCGAAAUCCACAUUCUGCGAGAUUUAUUCAGCGGGCUCAGGGGACAGCCCGUGGUUUUGACUUUCGAUCCUCGUUCUCAACUCUACCGCGAUGUUGUUUCCAAGUGUAGAACUCUUCAUGGCAGGUACUUAUCGACACCGUGGUUGUCAAGUCCGCAUCUUCAGACAGCUUUUCUCUACUAUUUCGGGAAUUCGCCUGUUGUUAAUUACAGAAGGCAGAUCUUUAUGACCUCUGACGGUGGAACUUUAGCUUUAGACUGGGUCAAGAAUGCCAAUGCUAAGAAACAAGACUAUCAAGUAAAUGAUGCUGUUCGGCAAGAUGAUAAAAAUCCUCUCAUAAUUGUCGUUCCGGGAUUAACCAGUGAUUCUAAUUCUCCUUAUAUCAAUCAUUUGGCUUUUAACAUGGCUAAACACGGAUGGAAUGUUGUUGUGAGCAAUCACAGGGGACUUGGUGGUGUACCAAUUACGUCUGAUAACUUUUAUAAUGGGGGAUGGACUGAGGAUGUCAGAAAGGUGAUUGACCAUCUCCACCACCAAUAUCCUGAAGCUCCUCUAUUUGUUGUUGGAACUAGCAUCGGCGCUAAUAUUCUGGUACAAAUUAUCUUAUUUGUUGUUGUUGUUGUUGUUGUUGUUGUUGUUGUUGUUGUUGUUGUUGUUGAAACCGCUGAUAGCCAAGUAUCUAAAUUUAUGGAUUACUUGUUUGCAGCACGUUCCGUUCGGGACUUUGAUGAUUGUGCAACUCGUGUUGUUGGUAAUUAUGAGACUGUGGAUACAUAUUAUAGGCGUUGUAGUGCUUCCAACUUUAUUGGGGGUGUAACGGUGCCCCUUCUUUGCAUUAGCUCGUUAGACGAUCCAGUAUGCACAAGCGAAGCGAUACCGUGGGACGAGUGCAGGCUAAAUACUAAUGUUGUCUUGGCUACUACUCAACAUGGAGGGCAUUUGCCCUUUUUCGAAGGAAUAGCUGCAAGAAGUGUCUGGUGGGUAAGGGCUGUUGAUGAAUUUUUUGUUGCUCUGCAAUCCAACCCAGUAAGAAAGAAAAAAGAGGUUGUUCCUAUUUCCUGUGCCAAUCCUCUAGAGUCUUCGAUAGAUCAAGCCCCAUAUGUGCAUGUAUCAGAAGACGGUAUGGUCGGUGCAGUAAACAAUGAAGUAGCCGCUCAACAAGAAGAGGAAAAUGUGCAUCAGAGCAAGACCAAUGACGAGGAGCUUGUCCAAGUCCAACAAAACAAAAACACAAAUACGAUUUUUAAUCAGCCACAGGGCACUGCUCGUCCCUUAGAACGCGACCUAGUUACCCCAGUAAAGAAAUGCCUAAACCAGCUUUCCCGUCAAAGUCGGAGUUCCUUGUGGCUGCUGGCAUACAUUGCAAUCGUUACUACUUGGCCAGUCGUGGGUUCGGCUCUCACGUUUUUCUUUAGGAAAAAGUUCAAGAUUUUUUCCUCGAGAACGUCAGUUAAAAGUUAA